CGAGCGAUGAACAUGACGUUCCAGAAUUUUGUCAACAAGACACGACUGGCGCAAGGGAUGAUCAACUUCUGUGUGAUCGUGUACAUGGACGACAUCCUAGUCUAUUCGAAGACCUAUCACGGACAUGCGCAACACAUCGAGUGGACAUUGGGCGCACUGAGAGAUGCUGGGUUCAAGAUUGCGCUCGAGAAAAACGAUUUUUUUCUCUCGGAAAUUUCGUUCUUAGGCUACGUUGUGACACGUGGGGGAUUGCGGCCGGAUUCGAGAAACGUUGCGGCGGUGAAGGAAGCCCCGGUUCCCACGUCACUGACGCAGGUUCGAUCCUUCUUGGGGCUGGCGUCGUACUAUCGGCGCUUCAUCAAGGGCUUUGCCGCGAUUGCACGACCACUAAUGAAUCUGUUGUGGAAGGACCAGCCCCUCAGCUGUGACACGGAGUGCCAGCAGGCUUUUGCAACUCUCAAGGACGCUCUGGCAAUGGCCCCUAUUUUGAUUCGACCGGACCCCUUGAAACAGUUCAUUCUCAUCACGGACUGGCAACCGGAAGCUAUUUCCGCUAUUUUAGCACGGAAGGGGAACGAUGGUUGUGAACACGUCAUCGAGUACGCGUCACGAACCGUACCGGACGAACGAAGAAACGACUCCGCACCUCAGGGUGAGUGCUAUGCAGUAGUUUGGGGAAUCCAACACUUCCAUCCGUAUCUCUACGGACAGAAGCUUCGGCUCGUAACGGAUCACGAACCUCUGCUGGCGCUGAAGAAACUUACCAACUACACGGGCAUGAUUGGCCGUUGGGCGGUGCGAUUACAAGAAUACGACUUCGAUAUCGUCCAUCGAAAGAAAGAGCGACACGGCAACGAGGACGGGUUGACACGUCUCCACUGGCCUGCCAAGUUCUUCUGCACUGCGGGUGUAUGCGGCGCGGAAGAGUUCCGAUUCACGAGCGAUCCCCAGGUAGUGGUGUUGGCCGAGGCAAUGACGUUCCAACGCCGAGCGGCCCCGGGAAUCAGCCACGUGUCUACCGUGGUAGUCUUCAGCGGCGACAUCACCGCCUUCGAUCCGGCGCGGCAAGCUGCCAUCAAAAGCACCUUGUACCGGUGGGGUCGCGAUCUGGCCAUUGAUUGGGAUCGACGGCUCACAACGCAUGAAUUCGUCGAGCUCUCGUUUUGCCUGCUACGAGUGGAUCUGAACUGGACGUGGGAAGGCGAUCAGAGACCCGCGUCGGAGAUUGUGGAGUUGCUCGUCAUUCAGGCGUGGAGGACCAACGUGGUGGGAGAUCUUCUAGGAUUCAUCUUUGGAGCAGUGGAUCGGGGAAACCGAUUACAGAUCGUGCGCGAACUUACGAUCGUGAUCGCACGAUUGGCCGACGAACUCCCCCUCGACAUCGUCUCUCAGAGCGACAAAGAACCCGUGCCACAUACCCUCUCAAGGACUCUCGCCCCAAGCCUCCAGUGGUCGUCUUGUAUCGAGGAGCGCUGGGUGGACGACCGUUUUCCUUCCCGUAGUAAGUACCUGGACGUCCACAGCCUGACUAAUCCCCGCUUCUUUCGGCAACCAACGACGUCCGAGUGGGCAGCGCCGAGAGCAGAAGAGGAGGCCGAAGAGGAAUCAGAAGGAGAAUUGAGGAGAGAGACCGGGGAAGCAGCGGCGCGAUUGGCCGAGGACGAGGAAGAAGAGCGCGAAGCAGAAGAAGAGUCGGCGGAAGAAAAAGAAGAAGAAGAAGACGCAGAAGAGGAGACUUUGGAGGAAGAGAAAGAGGCCUAUAGCGAGUACAGCGAGGGCGAGCAAAGUGAGGAGGAGGAAGACGACGAAGAAGUGGAAAGCGAGGACAACCAGGAGCCAACGCACGACGAGCUCGAGUGGGUGCCAGGAUCGGAUCGGCGAGAGGAGAACCCGGAGGCUGCUGCGCAGCGCAAGAAAGAGAUCGCGGAAGGAAAACGGCUGGGAAUCGAUCCCGCACCGAACGAUUCUUUCAAGGAUCCCGAGCCGCCCAAGCCGGAACAUGGGGACCUUGCUGCCACGACCUUGGGAGCCGCAACGACAAGGCGCCGAUCCCGAUCCCGAUCCACGUCCCCCUCCGCCUCCCCCCGUCCCCCAAUUCGUCAACGUGUCAAUGAGGGGCUCAGCCCUUCGUCCCCGAUCCAUAUAUCACCAUCCCCUUAUCUAUCUGUCUUUCAAUCAGUAUUUCCAUCGCAUCGUCUACCCCCGUAAUCCCUUCCCCAUCGCCACCUUCCGACAUUUCUACUCCGCCCGCUUAGAACUG